AUGACACAUGGAAAGUUCCUAUUGAAUACUGAUAAUCCUUAUGCUGGCAAGCUUUACUUCGAUGUCAUCUGCGUCCAAGGAUUGUUUAGGGAACAUGGAAAUCAGGAGUUUCAGAAGAAGUAUAAGCUUGAUUUUGAUGAGAUAUUCGAUCUUGCACAGACAUUCUUCAAUGAGAAAGCAGAAAAGGCAUUCCACUUAAGUUUUGACGAUCGAAUUCAACUUUCGGCUCUCAUGUGUAUUAAGAAAUACGGGAAGUAUGAUCGGUCAAAAGCACCUGUACCUGGGCUUCUUGAUAUAAUUGGUCAAAGGAGAAAUGCUCGUUGGGAAACGUUAAGCGAUAUGAAGCCAAAAGAAGCUCAGGUGGAGUUCAUAAAUAGGAUUUGUCAUCUUUGUCCGUUGUUCAUAUCAUAUAUGGAAGCGUAUUCACGCAGCAAAGACAGUGUUCCCGAUCAUUUUUCGAAAGAAACGAACACUUCUAGUUCGAAUGAACCUGCUAGCACCAUCGGUAGUAGUAAUCAAUCUUGUUUCAUCUUACAAAACGAAGCUGAAAUCCGAGCUGCUUUAAAUGCUCAAACUGAAAGUCAGUUCCAAACGUAUGCAUCUCUUCAUCAUCCCAUGGAUGCUGUUAAGCGAGCUGAACUUAUUGCUCAGUUACAGGAUCGGCAUUUUCAUGAAUAUAUGGCAUACAUAAAACGUCAGUAUUGCUUUAUUCAGCGACCACAAUCUGAAACUUCUUCACAGACAAUCGAUGUGUCGACGAUGAAUGAUUCAAUUAAGGAAUAUCCAGUCACUGAUAUAAAAUCGAUGGAUGGUGUAAAUGUAAAGCAAAUCGCUAAUAUUCCAAAAGCCGCCUCACCCAAUGAGAAAAAUGCCAAUAAUCAAUCUGUUCUUAAUGGUUCAAUGCAGUCAGAAUCGUCUGUAAAUUCCUCCGAGAUUCAGAAAGAGAAUUUAGUAUCCUCUGAUGUCGCUGUUAACAACCUGUCUUGUACAAAUACUUCAGAACAGUCAACUCUUGACUCGAACAAGAAAUGCUUUGACACUGAUCCUUACCCAAACACAUCUUUGGUGGUACAUGCCCCUACAUUGUGGACUCGUGGAGAGGUCAAAGGAUUUAAACAGUGUUUAAGUGAAGAUGAAGAGUCUGUUAUUCGAAUAAAUAGUGGUGAAGUUUAUUCAGUCCGCGUUCAAACACAUCCAUCGGGCACGAGCAUAGUCUGGGAAUUCGCUACAGAUGACUAUGACAUUGGAUUUGGCUUGUUUUUUGAAUGGGCAAAACCGCUUUCCGACCCUGAAAUGAAACAAAACAAUCACGCUGCAUCAGCCAACGCCGAAGACGGUCACUCAAAAGUAACCAAAGCAGGAAACUCGGAACAGUCCAAUAUUCUGGUUGAUGAGAUUAUACCUGUAUCACGACAAAACUCUCAAAAUGAGGUGUGCUGUGGAUCUCAUUUGUAUCCUGGUGCAGGAACAUAUGUUUUCAAAUUCGACAAUUCUUUUUCUUUAUGGAGGUCUAAGACCCUCUAUUAUCGUGUUUGCUACACAUGCUAG